AUGUCUGAAACAACGUCGCAGAGUGUACCGCCGGCGAAGGAUUUGAUCGGCUCAUACUUUGUCGAUCUCUGGAGCCACACUUCCCAAACCCUAGCUCUGAACCCCGAGAAUGAGCCCGAAGCCGAGGAGGACGAGGCGGAGGAGUCCCCGACGGCGCUGGAUACGGUGAACAGCUCCGGCGGAUUCUCCGUGGUGGGGCCCGACAAGCUGUCGCUCUUGUACCCGAGCGUGAAUAUGCAUGGGCACGACGUCGGAGUGGUGCAAGCGAAUCGAGCCGCGCCGUCGAAGCAGCUGCUAUAUUAUUUUGAGAUUUAUGUGAAGAAUGCGGGUGCGAAGGGGCAGAUUUCAAUCGGAUUUACCACGGCUGGUUUCAAGCUUCGCCGUCAACCGGGCUGGGAAGCAAACAGUUAUGGAUAUCAUGGUGAUGAUGGGCUGCUUUACCGUGGACAUGGAAAGGGAGAGACAUUUGGCCCGACAUACACUACUGGUGAUACAGUCGGUGGUGGAAUCAACUAUGCCACUCAAGAAUUCUUUUUCACGAAAAAUGGGGUCAUAGUAGGCUCUGUAUUUAAGGAUGUCAAGGGUCCAUUGUUUCCUACCGUUGCUGUUCACAGCCAAAAUGAGGAGGUGACUGUAAACUUUGGGAAGGAUCCAUUUGUCUUUGAUAUUAAAGCAUAUGAAGCAGAGCAAAGAGCUAAACAGCAGUUAAAAAUUGAUAAUAUCUGCUUACCUCAGGAUGCUAGUUACGGAAUAGUGCGGUCGUAUUUACAGCAUUAUGGAUAUGAAGAGACUCUUAAGUUACUUGACAUUGCUGCUAGUAGCACGGUGCCACCCAUUUCUUUAGCUCAAGAAAAUGGUUCUAAUGAGGAAGAUAGUGCAUAUGCAUUGAACCACCGAAGGACCCUUCGUGAGCUGAUAAAGUCGGGUAACAUUGAUGAGGCAUUUUCUACACUUCGCAAGAUGUAUCCUCAAGUUGUUCAGGAUGAUACAUCAGCUAUUUGCUUCUUGCUGCAGUGUCAAAAAUUUAUUGAACUUGUCCGGGAUGGAAAGCUUGAAGAAGCUGUAAACUAUGGUAGAAGUGAAUUUGACAAGUUCACAAAUUUGUCAGGGUCUAUUGACCUAGUUAAGGAAUGUGCCUCCUUGCUGGCAUUCGAACAAUCAAGCAAAUCGCCCGUCGGUUACCUUUUCAGAGAGUCUCAACGGGAGCUAGUGGCAGAUGCCGUGAAUGCCAUGAUUUUAUCCACUAACCCAAAUGUGAAAGACAUUAGCCUGUGCAAGCAUUCGUGCCUCGAGAGGCUAAUUAAACAGAUUCCGCCUCCAGAAUCCAGAGCCUCGAAUUCUGGAGACGUGGGCUCUGGUGAAAAUCGCUGCAGUGCCAUAUUCUAUGUGAUCCACUUUCUUCAAUCCUCUCCGACGCCGCCGCCGCCGCCGCUUGUGGGCCGUACUCUCUUUCUCUCUCUCGGACGGUGA